AUGUCCACCGCACCCUUGGCACUAGAAACACCCCAGUCGACCGAUGGAUCACAGCUACAAGUCAAGGUGACCGAGUUGGACGAGCAGCAUGCGGCAUUCAUCCUCGAAGGAAUCGAUCUGGGACUCGCGAACUCGCUGAGAAGGACGAUGAUCGCAGACCUGACGACGAUCGCAAUCCACUCGGUCGAAUUCGAAGAGAACACGAGCGUGUUGCCCGACGAGAUGAUUGCCCAUCGUCUUGGACUGAUUCCCCUGAUUAGUGAGGACCUGGAUAAAUACCUCAAAAACUGGCAGCGGGACUGUACUUGUUUAUCGUAUUGUGACGACUGCUCAAUCGAAUUAGUGCUUUCGACCAAAUGUACCAUGAUCGGAGAGACCCUGCCAGUCACCUCGAAGGACCUUGUCAUCACACCCAGGGAGGAUGGAGCACAUCGAGGUGAUGUGGGCAAGCCAUUUCAAUUCACUAUGCCUAAUGGCGAACAGCCUGGAGUUUUGAUCACCAAGCUCCGCAAGGGUCAAGAAGUUCGACUCAAGUGCCGAGCCAUCAAGGGAAUUGGCCAAGAACAUGCCAAAUGGUCUCCUGUGUCGACUAUUGGGUUCGAGUAUGACCCGUACAACCGACUCGGACAUACUGAUCUGUGGUUUGAAGUCGGCACCGACCCAAAAGCUGAAUGGCCCUUGACGAAAAACGCCAAAUACGAGCGACCUCCACUGGAUGACGAACCAGUCGAUUACACCAGCAAACCCUCGCGGUUUUAUUUUGAUGUCGAAGCUGCGGGAAACCUUAAACCUGAUGAUAUCGUAGUUAAAGGGAUCGAAUCUCUCAUUGUCAAGCUGGCAUCUGUCCAACAGGGUAUUCAAGCAGCGUUAGGUGAAGGUGGCGGCCUCAAUCCAGAUGGCCGGAAUACUCCAUACAUGGGCACUCCGUUUGGAGGGGGCGGGGCUACCCCUGGGUCCCGACCCGAUGGGACCUAUUCCACGUACGGAGGCGCCACACCUAAUGCGCGAAAUUUUGCUGACUGGGGACCUCCCGCUGCACCGUCCAAUCCACCGGGUGGAGCUACUACCAAUGGUUAUUCUGCUACCUGGGACUAA